AGUUCUGCAGCUGCAAGCAGCUGGUCAUGGUCCAGGCGGCAGCAGUGGCGGCGGCGGCGGCGGCAGAAGCAGCAAACAGGAGCUGGUCCCUUGUGCUGAUCAUCCUGUUUCAUUUGUCUCAAAGAAGUACAUCCUGUGGUAUCUCAACCCACAUAGAAAUAGCACACAGAGCUCUGGAAUUUUUCAGCCAACAAGAUGGCACUAUUAACUACAAAGAGCUGUUAUUAGAACACCAGGAUGCUUAUCAGGCUGGGAGUGUGUUUCCUGAUGCUUUUUAUCCUAACAUCUGUAAAGGAGGAACAUUCCAUGAUGUAUCUGAAGAUACUCACUGGACUCCAUUUCUCAAUGCAAGUAUCCAUUACAUUCGACAAAAUCAUCCUCUCCCUUGGGAGAAGGAUACUGAGAAAUUGGUGGCUUUCCUCUUUGGCAUUAUGUCACACAUGGUAGCAGAUGUGAGCUGGCAUAGCCUGGGCAUCGAACAAGGAUUCUUGCAGACAAUGGGAGAAAUUGAUUUUCGUGGCUCUUACCGAGAUGCUCAUCCUGUUGGUGAUUUUGGAGGAGAUGUGUUGAGCCAUUUUGAACUAGAUUUUAACUACCUCGGGCGACAUUGGUAUGUACCUGUCAAAGACCUAAUGGGAAUCUACAAGCAGCUCUAUGGCAAGGAAGUCAUAACAAAAAAUGCAAUAAUUGACUGUUCGUAUCUUCAGUUCUUAGAAUUGUAUGGUGAAAUGUUGGUUCUUUCCAAGCUUUACCCAAAUUUUGCAAAAAAGUCCCCAUUUUUGGUGGAGCAGUUCCAAGAUUAUUUCCUUGGUGGACUGGAUGACAUGGCAUUCUGGACCACUAAUAUGUUUCAUCUAACAAGCUACAUGUUACAGAAUGGGACCAGUGACUGUACCCUACCUGAGAAUCCUCUGUUCAUGGCAUGUGGUCCCAAACAUAAUGGCAGCCUUCGAACAAAACUGCCGAAAAAUAAAAGUCACGCAACUUUAAAUGUAUCCUUAGCUGAAAAUGUUAAAGGAAAUAUAAAUUACACAGAAAGAGGCGUCUUCUUCAGUGUGGAUUCAUGGGCCCAAGAUUCAGUCUCCUUUCUCUACCUGACUUUGACAAAGAAGAUAAGGAAAGUGUUUGCAAGUGAACAGUCUCACCAACAGAAUUAUGUCACCAAUCCCAUAGCAUCUUACUUCCUGUCAUUUCCCUAUGUGAAGCUUGGAUGGUCAAUGAUUUCAGUCGACCUCAAUCAGGAUGGCCAUGAGGAUCUGGUGGUAGGAGCACCAGGUUAUAGCAGAUCAGGCCACAUUCAGGUGGGACGAGUGUAUCUCCUCUACAGCAACGAUAUAGGUUUGCCUCCUGUAGACUUGGAUUUGGACAAAGAAGCACAUCUAAUUCUAGAGGGCUUUCAGCCCUCAGGUCGCUUUGGCUCUUCUGUGGCAGUGUUGGACUUCAACCAGGAUGGGCUGCCUGACCUGGCAGUGGGAGCUCCGUCUGUGGGAGCCGAGAAACUCACUUAUAAUGGGGCAGUGUAUAUCUUUUUUGGUUCCAGAAAAGGAAAAAUAUCUUCUCAACCAAAUGUCACCAUUUCGUGCCAGGACACAUACUGUAACCUUGGCUGGACGCUCUUGGCAGCAGAUAUCAAUGAGGAUGGUGCUCCUGACCUGGUGGUUGGGUCACCCUAUGCACCCAGUGGAGGGAAGCAGAGGGGAAUUGUGGCUGCAUUCUAUUCGGAUCCCAUCCAAAAUGUCAAAGAUCAGCUGAAUGUUGAGGAGGCUAAUUGGAUGGUAAAGGGGGAAGAUGACUAUGCCUGGUUUGGAUAUUCGAUUCACAGUCUCAGUCUAAAGAACACAACCCUGUUAUUGGUUGGGAGUCCAACCUGGAAGAAUAUGAGUGGGUUAGGUAAUGUGUUCUACAUCCGUGAUGAGAAACAGAGCAUUGGAAAGGUCUACGGCUAUUACCCACCAAGUAAACAAAGUUGGUUUAUGAUUUCUGGAGACAAGGCAAUGGAAAAACUAGGCACCUCACUAUCAAGUGGUGUUGUGGAAGUCAAUGGAGCCCCAAGACAAGUGCUGCUGGUUGGUGCUCCAACACGUGAUGACAUGUCUAAAAUGGCAUUCUUAUCCAUGACCCUGCACCAGGGGGGCAGCACUCGGAUAUAUGACUUGACAGCCGAGACAGGGCCCUUGUUGCUUGGCACCUUCAGUGGGGAUAGGCGUUUCUCCCGCUUUGGAGGGAUAGUACACUUAAGGGACCUGGACAAUGAUGGAUUAGAUGAGAUCAUCAUAUCAGCCCCUCUGAGGACAGGGGACUUCACAGGUGGGCUGCUUGGUGGGGAGGAUGGCCGUAUUUACAUCUACAAUGGCAAGAAUGUUCCCCUUGGUGAUGCCACAAAUAAAUGCAAAUCCUGGAUCUCUCCAUGUCCUGAAGAAAAGGCCCAGCAUGUACUGAUUUCUCUUGAAGAAGGUUCAAGAUUCGGGAGCUCUGUGGUCACAGUGAAGUCAAAGACAAAGAAUCAAGUUGUUGUUGCUGCUGGGAGGAGUUCCAUGGGAGCCAGACUGGCUGGGACGCUUCACGUCUAUGAUCUGGGAGUCGACUAGAGACCUUGUCACCGUUGCCCUGCAUACCCCUCCCUUUCUGAUGGAGAGGCUUCUGACGUACGGCUGAAUUGGCACCUCAAGUGGAGCCACCAUGGAGUAUCAUUUAGGUGGAGCUCCUGGGAAGGUAGAGAGAAGAUAGGAAGAGUAUCAGGCAACUAGGAACUGGGAAACCUUCAAUUACAUGACUCGACCAUACUAUGAAAUAUCAGAAACUCCUCUCGCACACAUCCUCCUUUCCAAAUCUGAUUCCUCGUCCCCCCCUUGCAUCUGAUGUGUCUUCCUUCUCUUUUGAAUUUGAUGUUGAGAACUCUGGUUCAAAUCCCACAUCACUGCUAAUGCUGUGUGACUGUGGGAAAAUUAUUCUCUCUAGGCCUGUUUCCUUAUCUAGAAAAUUAGGGAGUUGGGCUAGGUGGCUUCUUAGGUCUCUUCCAGACCUAGAUCUAGGAGCUGAUGACCUGUUGCCAAACCUGUUUCCUCCUCCCACUUAUCGGAGUGGCCCUUCCCUGUUCCUGGGAUGGUCUUCUUGUCCUUGCCUAUUUGGCAAGCCUUGAAAAUUUGCUUCUUCCUUUAGGGAAGCUUAAUUAAUAACGAAGGAGAGGGUAUAAAGAGAAACUGUAGGAGGGGAGUGCAGAGUCACAAGGGCUGAUAACCUCAAAACCCAAGACCUUUUUUUUCUGCCAAUGGUUUUGAAAUCUUAAGUGGUAUGUUAGCAUGUAUGUAGCUCAGUGAAUAGGCAACAAGAAAAAAAAUCAAUGUCUGGUUCAACUGUCUGAAAAAUUGAACUCAGAUUUCCCCAUUUACUGAAUUCUUUUAGUCUCAAUUAUUUUCCAGUGUUUCAAUAGGUCUCAUUAAUAUGGGUAUCCACUCUAACAAAGGAGAUGAUUAUCUAUUCAUGCCUACCCAUCCAGGGCAACUCAUGAAUUCAAUAGAAUUCUUUUUAUAAGAAUGAAGUUAUCCCUGAGGUUAUAUACAGUGAAAAGCAAAUAUUAAAACUGAAGAUAAUGAGGCCUCUCUGGGUAUUUUACAAAUUCUGCAGAGGUAGCUAAGGAUGAGAUAAGGCUAGGACCUCAAACUAAUACCCUUUUCAUUCUCUUUCUCUUAGAAGUACCUUGAAGAGGGUGGUAGCUCAGUAGCAGGGUUGUCUCAAUAGUAGUAGAAAGUCUGAAUGUGGCCUGCACCACGAGCAGCCAGGCAGAAUAUAUGGGAGCUAGCUGACAGUGAAGAUUGAAUAUGGGAUCAGGAGGGGAUCUAGUGUUCCAGACUCCCUUCCAGCAAACUGCACUAUCAUCUGUCACAGACUAUAUUUAACUGCCAGUACCGAAAACUCUUUAUACUCGAUUUAAAAGUCACAUGUGACAGUAACAGAGUAAAACUAAGAAAUGUCCAACACAAAAACUUUACUAAUGAUCAGCCCACAGCAAUUGGGGGUGGGGGGGAGAAGAGAGAAGAAAGUAACUUGGAAAAGGUGAUAUGCGUGAUGAUUGUACCAGCUGUUCUGUACUACCCACAGAGGAACUAUUGAGAUUAUCACAGAGGUACUUUGGGGGUCUUAACACUUCCAGAGUAAAUCAUUAUAAAUAUGAAUAUGAACACUUCCUAGCUUCUCUAAUACCGAAGUGUAGGGUGAGAAGAGGUCCCAGGUAGAAUCCAAUCUAAGGGUGGGGGUAGUAAAAGUGAGGAAGAGACAAAUAGAAGUGAGUAAGAUAACUCUGUAGGUACACCUAUGCAUAAAUCUUAAGUGAUUCCUGACCUAGGUUUCCUGGGGAAAAGGGAGGGGGUUCUGUCUUCCAUACAAGAACAAUAGAAACAAAAACAUGGAAAACACUAUAGAUGUAACUAUACCUGCCAGUUCAAGAUAGUUACAUUUUUAAAAUUCGUUAAACUGCAUUGCAAAUAAAGUAUUAUUGAACA